CAUAGAGCCGUCACAUUCGCGAACGCCACAUCACAAGAAGCUAGUUCGAUCUUCGUGUCGCCCCCGACGACUGCGCCGUUCGCUUUUCUCUGAACAGAGCAACGCUUGAACUCUAACUACGAACUUGCGUAACCUGCUGAAACUUUUAACAAUGAGAAGAAACGAGAACACGUCUUCCGGUCCGACGCCAGCAGGCGCUUCUAUGGGGCCAAUCUUCAACCAGAGGAGGAGAAACAUAUUGCCUUUGACAUCGGCUCCAUCUGAGAAUGAAUUCCUUACUCGUAGCCAAUUUGCUGAAAGCUCCAGUUCAGCCUCACCCUACAACUAUGAAAACACACUUGGGGCUUUCUACCCAACAGCUGGUCCAUCAACUGCUUUUCCUCAAAAGCUCCAGUGGAACAGAUCCUGUGGGCCAGGGUCAACAACACAGGCCAGGCAAUAUAGCAGUCAUGGGCCUUUAUCUACAUGGAGGUCUUACGCACCUGUCCCACAUCCCUACAAAGCUGGAGCCACAAGUUCAACCCCAGAACAGCCAGGAAAACAACGCUCCGCAGAGAACAAGCUCCACACAAACUCACAAUUCAUCCGCAGAAACCUCAGUGAUAAGUCAGGACCUGAAAAUGCCUUUCCUCCAGUGGCUCACCAGUUGCCCUACUCCCACAAUCCUCAGCUGUCUGGGGUUUUGCGUCCUCCACAAUCUAGAAACAAUGUCUUUGAGAAAAAGAAAAGUCCUCAAAAUGCUCAGUCUGUGCAACCAAAUAAAAACCAGGAUGAAUUUCCAAAGAAACCAUCUUCUGAGAGGUCUCUCAGGAUCCUGACUGCUGUAAUUGAUGGCAUGAGACACUGGAGCAAGUUUAAAGACAAAUUUUCGUAUUUAUUUGAGAUAUUUGCAACUCUAGACUCUGCUGUGACUACCAGCCACCAUGGAGCUAAGAACUUCAUGAUUAGAGUUGGGAAGGAUGUGGUGCAAUGUGUCUACUAUGAAAAUGAGAUGGAGCUUCCACGCCUCAUCCGCGGCCAAGUUCACCGUUGUGUUGGUAACUACCACAGCAGCAGAGAUGUCCUGAUGUGUGUGUCUGUCCGACCCGCCCAGCCGACUGAACAGAAGUUCUUCGAGGACGCCGUCAGGGUCUGCGAUGCUGAGAUGAGGAAACUGGUGAAGUCAAUCAGAGAGGUCUGAUCUACUGAAGGUAUUGCUGUUAUGCACACAGUCUAAAAAGUUUAAAAACGUUUCAUGACCACAGUUAUGUUCUAAGUUGUUUGUUUACUGUUAAAACAAAUUGUUCUUUUAAAAAAAGCACCUGUUUAUGGUCCAUGAAAUAUUUUAUUAAGAAUAAAAAUUCACAAAACAGAUUUCAUGAGUUAAUUUAGGUAGAGCAGACACAAUGAGGUAAUAUCAAAAUGUUCCAUUGAAAAAACAGACAUUUUUCAAUAUCAACUACAGCUUGUUCAAUGACAAGUCAAACUUCAAGAUGAAAACCAAAUAAUCUACUCUUCGGAAGGAAUGUCACCGGUUCCAACACUUAAGGUCGGACCUAUUUAUUUACCGAACUGUCUUUGAAUUGCAAAUUCACACUCGUGAAUGAGAGACUUUAAAAGUCACUUCCUACAAUUGUUUAGACAGACCUGUUAGCAUAAACUAACAACAAUUCAACACUUAAACAUCUAACUUUCACAAAAAGGUUUCAGCUUGGAGAAAUUGGCAGGACGGAUAAACGGACCGGAGGUUAUGUAAGGUGGAGUCAGCAUUUUAACUAAUGCAAGCAGUGACAAAAGCAUACUUUCACAAAUUAUUUAAAGUUACAUUAUACAGACUCAAAAGAAGUGAUGUCUCACACAGACUAAGUUUUGGUUUUGUACAUCUUUUAAAAAAACAACAAAAAAACGACAUAUUACACAGAGGGGGAUUCAAAUUCCUUAGUUCACACUUAAAAAAUGAAAAUAAAUAGUCUCCUCUCCUUUCCUAUUGAUUUUAAUGAAAUCCCACUGGACAACAAUUACAUCACAUCUCACAACAGAACCCACAAUUUUUCAGCUGAAAAGGAUGAGAACCUGAAAAUCAUAUUUGACACUUUUGAAGGCACACGUUGGUCAUGUCAACCGUAAACAAAGCCCAUAUUUUCUUGUAUUUGACAGAAUUUCAUUACCAUGCACAAUUUUACAUAUUUUCAUAGUCCUGAAUAUAGUUUUGUUGUUUUUUUGCUGGCAAAAAUUGACUUAAUAGUCUCAUGGCUUAUUCAGCAUAUCUGGGGGGAAUUUGAAUUGCCAUGAGGAAAAAGAUAGUGGAAGAAAAUCCUGCUCAGUGAUUUCCAGAAAAGGGAACAAAGCCAUUUUUGUUGUUUUUGUUCACUUGGCAUUUUCCUUCAGUGGCUCUGAUUGUCCACCUGACAAAAAUACAUACAAACAUUGACAAACAUCAUUUAUCAAACUUUUCUUUAAAAUAAUGAAUUAUUUUCUUCCUCUUGCCUUUUGCUGUGUCAAGUCACACAUCCACGUCUCAAAAGGUCCAAAGACAAAAUAACCCUAACUGCAGAAUUCCGUUGGCAGUGACGUUGUACUUCCACAGCUUUCAGGUUUAGGUCGUAUUUACAUUUAAACAUGAUUCAAUCUGAGUCACGAGUGUCUUCUUAUUAAGAUAUAUUUAAUGUCUCAAAUGUGUAUUCACUUGAGUAAUUUAUGUCUCAGAAUUCAAUAUCACCAUUUCUCAAACAAAUUGAUUUUCCUCCCAAAACUGAGAAAAGUCCAAACUGAACUAGUGUCAUAAAGGAACGACUGCAUCCCCCCAGAGCAGCCACUUCAUAAGCAAAGAAAUUAAAAACAAAUAGAAAUAAAAACAAAAUUCCGCAGAUUAUCGUUCUGUCAUGUGAUGGAAGGAAGACUUGUUCAUAGCGUAAAAAGAAGAUUCAUCCAUGAAAUCCGGCCAAGAACAGGGCUUCUAUAACAGAGUGGGUAAAGGGGUGGGCGACAGCUGCUCCUUUGGUGCAUAUUUGGCGAAAAAGGGCAGGAAAAUGGUGAGCAUAACUCCAACGAUGGCCAGCAUGUAUCCCCAGCCAAUCUGACAAUCCCCAGCAUAGUAGAUAUCAGAGUUUCCACAAAAGGACCUGACUACUGAUGAAUUAAGGCCGAAGGGAUAGACCAGCAGUCCAGCAGCCAUGAUGAACACUGCAGAGAGAAACAAAACACAGGAACAGUUACAUAUGAGAAUCACCCACUGUAACAGCAGCUUCAGUGCUCAAUAAAUCCUCAUCAUGCUGCAUUUUGACUAGAGUUUCUGGGACUAAACUAAGCAAUUCACACAGUGUUUGACACGGUGAAGGAAGUGACACACAUAUGUAUGUGUUUUACGAUUUCCAUGCAUUAACCAUCUUAUGCAUAAUUUUAUGUUGCUUUCCUGUUACCCCACCUCUAAGUGUUGCGAUUAAUAAUUGUGAUUAGUCUAUUACAGAUCAUUUAUCAUCCGUAAUAAUAUACAGUAUGUUAUUUCAGAAGUAUAUUUCAGGUGCUCUAAUCUAAAGAGGAAUGGACUGUAUGAUGAAAAAGGCAGGCAUACUCCUGUGUGUAUGUUUAUACUGCCUCAUGGAGACCAAUUGUUGACAAAACACUGUCCUUGUGAGGACCGUAUGUCUUCGUGGGGAUCUUUUGCCGGUCCCCACAGGUCCACACCUCACUUGGGUUUCUCCUGCUUCAGGUGAGCCAUGUGUUUAAGUUAAGGGGGUAAAAGCAUUACGGCAAUGAGAAACCUCACAAUAUCCCCACAGGAAUAGCAAUACAAACGUGUGUGUGGGCAUGUUUUGCCAUACUUGUGAGUACCAAGUCUUGACAAGCCACCUUCUUGUGAGGACACUGUGAGGACAUUUUGGCCUGUCCUCACAAGGUUUGAGGGUUAGAACGUCAGUAAAAAUAAUGGUUUGGUUCAGACUCCUUGAAGGUUAGGUUAGCCAUUUGUUUUUGGAUGAAAGCAGCUUCUCACCCUUAACUUAACCAUCCAAGAAGGCUUCUCAAAAAUAACAGUACAUGACUGUGUGUGCGUGUGUAUGUGUUCCUAUAUGUCCGUCUUUAUGAGAACCGGUAUGAGUUUUUAACAUUUUAACAUUUUUAACAUUUUAACAUUUUGGGGAAGUGAGGACUUCAACCCUCAGUUUGAGGAUUAAUACUUCAAAAUACUUGUGAUUAUUAUACUUAUGUUUGAGUUUCAUUAGGAGUAAAGGUUAAGUUUGCACAUCUAUUACACAACGGUAGUAAACAAAGUGUAGUGAUGACAGUCUGAUAACAUAUACAGUCAAGAAGUGUAACUGACAUUAUCAGUCUUUGUUGAUGUCUGCGGUGAAUACAUAAUGCAUAAAUGAACUGCGUUGUCAUUUGUGAUGACGCUGAUCUGCAGAUGUGUAGAACAUCUGAGUGAGUUGUUCUCAUAAAAGGACUAGAAGACAUGAUGCCACGUUAGCAUGGUUGCUAAGUUAUUCAGGGCUCACAGACACACACAGGUGCUCUAAAGAGUGACGCUGUGCUUUAGUUACUCCACAUCCAUCAUUCUUACAAUACAAAGAAAACUGACUCUCCUCUGAAUGCUUUUGUUUUAGUUAGACACUGUAACUGUAGAUGAAUAAGUCCAUGAGUCCAUAAAAAAACGGGGGGGAUUAAAUCAUCAGAAUAAUUCUUACUUCUGUUCUAAUAUCGCUGCAAAAAUGUAUUCUUAUUUUAUCGAUGAAAAUGUGAUGAGAAAAUAAUACAGUUUUGCGUCAUAUGUAUGUCUUGGAGGACAAUCAAAUAUUUAUAUCUGAAAAGACAAAAAGGAAUCUUGUUGGGGAAGAUGAAUACAUGAAUUCUGCUGUACAUUGCUUUAGUCAGUACACAGCAUCCAGUUUUUGUAGUGUUAAGGAAGGUUGCAAUGCACAAGACUGCUUUCACACAAACAGAGUCUUAGUUACUUCUGUAUGAGUGUGUCCAUUUAGCUGCUACAUGUAGCAAAGAUAUGGAAUGCAGGGAGUAACAAGGAGCAAAUAGAAAUACUACAUUUAGGUGACAAGCGUCCCUUAAUGUGCAAUUGGCUUCUCAUGUUUUAGAAUGAUUCAGUUUUGCUGACUAUUGUGAUGCCUUUUCUGCUGGCAGAAAUAUGGUGCUAUUACAGGUUCACAGCAGAGACAGCAAGAUGCUGUAUCUUAACAGGCUUGCUGUGCAGGAAGGUGUGUGAUAACCUGGUGUCCAAGUUGACAGUCAAUCUCAUUACAUUCCUAUCACAACAAUAUGUUCACAUAAAUGAGGCAGAUAAUGAUGCGCCCUCAUCUACUUGUUGUGUAUAUCACGACAAAACCAAUUGGAUUUUCUGAGUCACUGUGUGAGUACGCAUCUUUGGAUGCUUUGAGUAUAUCAUCCCACCGAAACUCUAAGUCUCCAUCCUGUGAGCAAUGUAUCCUUGCACAGGAUCCAGUAGAUCAAUUUUAUGAGUUUGAUUUCAAUAUCCACAUCCAUUUCUGUGUUGCAAAUUAAUUUAUCCAGCAGACAAAUCACUCGUCCUUGAAAGCUGCAUCCCCCAUAAGGAUUCCAAAACAGAUUUCUCUGCUCACAGCCAGCAAACCUGUCACACAAUACAUCCAUCACACCUCACAAUUGGAAUUAAAAUUAAAUAAGAACAAUACUUGAACGAAAGUGGUGUGACAAUGGAAGUUAUUGAUCAAUUGCUGUCAUUCACAAGAAUCAUAGAUGGACACCAGCAACUGAAGAACAUUAACAUUGACAAUUUCUCAAGGUGACAGCUGUAUCAAUUCUGACAAAUGAAAAUGUCCUUGUGUUGGUGUGUCAUUGAAACCACAAGUGAACAUUCAGACAACCUUUUUCCUCACAGUGUGACAUGAAACCAGAUUGAAGUCUUAUCUAUUCCGCUUUUGGGUGGAGAGAGGUGAGUUAUGUCAACCGUGUGGAUCAGUGGCUGAUUUCUGCAUCACUAGAAAUGUUUACUCCAUGUGAUGUGAACAGUAAAUGAGCCCUUUAGGGGCGCUCCGUCCAUCUCUGCAACGCACACAGUAAACUCAGCAGCCAAGCUCGCCGCCCCAACAGUGAAAGCACAGAAUGACGGAGUGUAAAUUUCAAAAUAAUGUGAAACAUGUAUCAAAUGUAUGAGUCCUGGUUAAGUUUUGUUGUGGAUGGCUAGGUUUAGGGUGAGAGACUGGUGUCAAUGUCAAUGAGCGGUCCCCACAAACAUGGUGUGGCAGUUAGAUUCUUCCUGUCUUUUGCGUCCUACACCUUUGAAAAAGGCAGCCUUCCACGUAGAAUGUUUGGUACAGGUGUUUCAAUGGACUGAAAGAAGGUUUUCUUUCCGUAGUGUUCCAGGGCGGGCGGUGUGGCUCGUGCCUCUCAUCUUUAAUUGAGCCACCCAAAAGAAAUGUCUAACCUAAAACCAGGACUCUGACCCAAACUUAAAUCCAAUUAUUGAAGUUAUAACCCUCAAAUUUAGACUUCACCUUGUUGGCCAAAUGCUGUUUUCCAGGAAUUGGUUCUCACAAGAAUAGAUAAACCAAUAAACACAUGUCAAACACCUUCUCACAUCUCCCAAAGAGCCUGGCAGCCAUCUUACACUGGUCUUCUCUCCAAACUCCACGUAACCUCCCAUAUCUCAUCUCUAAUAACAGGUGCCAAACACAAAUAUACCUUGAGCACUAAUGUCAGAAUAACUGGCCUCAGUCCCAGUUCCUGCAAUCGAUCAAAUGCUUUCAGACCUGUAAAUGAAAGCUUCAGUAGCAAUGAUGACCUCAGAGGUAAUGAAGAUGACCAGCGAGACACGAGGGAGUCAGGCGCUAAUGUGAUGAGAGUCUUGCAGCUGCUUCUACUAGGACAACACACAUUCAUCAACAUCAGCAACAAUCCUUGCUGUGUUCAACACAAAGCAUCCAGCUUGUCGUCUCAUCUUGCAAGUGUCUAUCAGGAGUAAACCAUUCUGUAUGUGUAUUAGUUUCGUCCGGGAGGCAUCACCUUCGCUUCAGCUGGAUUCUGAUUUUAACUGUGUGUCAUGGCAUUCAACCAUCAGGUGUGAGUUGUCGCCGCACUACUCUACUUAAAACUGAUGCUCGCCAACAAGCCAGUAGACAAAAUCUUUUAGUUCAAUGCAAAUCUUUUGCAACACAGGAAGACAAAAGCAUUUGCCACCAUGACUAAUACAAGAGUCCACCUAUUUGUCGCGAUGAAUGAGUCCAACCAUGGUGUGAAUGAAGAUUACAUUUAUGUGGAAAAACCCUUUCGUUUGAUCUGUUAUUGUUAAACAGGCCAAUAGAGAAACGUUGGGAUAACUCGGUCAAUAUACAGUGAACAGUUGCUCCCAAUUAUUAUUAUUAUUUUACUUUUCCAUACUUGUCAGACACAUGCACCAACAUUACAUGGGCAGAUCUCUGUAUUCUAAAAAGAAAACCUACUGAUUUUUACUGUGCAACAUGGACAUGUUUCUUCCUUCACUGAGAUCAACAAUGCAAUAAAGUUACCAAUCUGAGUUUAUAUUGUGAAUAAUGGGAGACAACCCUAGGUCAGAAGUUAACCUGCCAUUGACUGUUCCCCAGUCAUCAGGGAAGUGCACAGAUAGAGGGGAGCUGGAGCAUUGACCUUUUCCCUGCAAUGUGCAAAAAAUAAAAACAGAUGGAGAUAGAAAAAAGUGCCAAAAAAUCUUUCACAGUAAAUUGUACAGGGAUGAAUUGUACAGUUUUAUUGCCACAGGAAGAACAAACCUCCUGUGGCACUCAGUCUUGUCCAGGAUGCUCCGUGGUUUCAGUAUAUUUGUAUUAUGAUCAUUUGUUAGUGUGUCACAUGAGUCAUUGUUGGAUAUAGAGAUUCGUACUGUAAUACUAAAUAUAUGUGACUGUUUUGUCACUCAUAGAUUAUGAAUGGAUUUCACUUUGAUGAAAAGUUGAUAAAGCUGCUGGUGUUCCAGAUCACCACCUGAAACACCCUAGAAUUUUUUUGAAGGACGACUUGUUUGGUUUCUUGUGAGACAGUUGCUGAGCAGAGGAUGAGCACUUUAAGGACAAAAGUGGGUGAAGUUACACCCAAUGACAACGUAUGAGGUGCUGUUCUGGUGAGUCAUCACCAAGUAUUCUCACAGACGUUCCCAUUUUACGAACAUCACAUGUUCAUUUGGAAAGUUUUGCGGUUAAUGAUGACCCUGGUUCACGCAACGUGUCACAAAAUAAGGAAAGCCCAAUGAGUAAAUCAGAAAGAACAGACUUAGACUUAGACUUAGACUAGAGUUUAUUGAUCCCUUUGGGAUGACUCCCUCCAGGAAAUUUACAUUUCCAGCAGCAAUAGAGGCAAGAAAGGCCAUGCAGUCAGGAAGAGCAUCACACAGAGAAUAAAUAAUAAUAAUAAUAUAUAUAUAAUAUAUAACAUAAAAAUAACAUAAAAAGUAAAAAUAAAAUAGAAAAAUAAUAAUAAUAAAUUAAACUAGAUUAAAAUAGGUUAUUGCACCAGAGGGUAGACAGCGAGACAUGACAUACAGCCACCAGAAGGAGAAUGAAUGCAACAGAAAAUAACUGACCUCAAGUCCAUUUAAAAAGGUGGGUGUAGACACGUCUGCACUGAAUGUUGCUUCAUGUUUUGUUACAUUAACGUCCAGGAAACCACAAUGACUGGCAAGCAUCUUAAUUGGCUGUGCAAUUGUCAGCUUUAUCACCGAGCAACAGCAGAGCAGUUGAACUGUGAUCUCUCAGUCAGACAUGGACACACACACGAUCAAAACUACAAACACAGGGUCUCAUUUACAGCCAGUUUGACAGGCACAACUUUAAUGACCUGCAGCCCGGGUGAGGACUUAAGCUGUCACAAGUAUUGAGAAGGAACCCAAUAUUCUCAGUGCACCAGGGGCUGUUUCCUGCAGCUAGCACUUCCACUUUUUUUAUACUCCAUUUGUAGCAACGUUCUUCAUCAAUCGAACAUAACAACUGCUACUUCAGUCUUGAAAAUCCAUUUACAUGCGCAAAAUACAAUAUGAGAUGAUACUUAUUUAGCAAGUUCAUUGCUGCUUAAAGUCAUGAGAAACACUACCAGUUAGGGUAUGCUACUUUCAUAUACAUCCACAAUGUACUAUAGACACAUCACACCUUUUGCUUGAUGCACAGAACAAUGUAAAACAGAAUGCUUGGAGAUAUGGAUAUUGCAUGGUCUUCUGAAACAGGUGGAUCAUCAACGAUCACCACCACAUGGUUCUGAUUUUUUUUGUAAUUUUUCAUCAGCUCCUUUAAGAAAAAAAAUCCCUCAUUUGAUGAUAGAACUUCUGUACUUGAGCUCUCUCACUGCAGUCACCGCAGUUUUGUGCAGCGUGUUCACUUGUCAGCUCUCUCAGUUUGAGUGUAAACAACUGUUUUGCUGCACAUACAGUAACCGCUUCCAUAUCAUCAUUGGUUUUUGGAACAUCUCCAACAUGCAGCUACCACUGCUGUUGUGUCUGCUGUUCGGAGUUCUUGUUGCUCAUCAAUCAUCGGAAAAUUGUUUUCUCAGUUUUCGUUCUUCUUCAGCAACACAUGAUCACCAGUUACUGAAAUCCAAUGUCUACUUCUCUUCUUUUAUUUAGCUCAUCGAACAUUAUUGUCUGAGAUAAUGAUCACAUUUUGGACACUCUCUCAUUUUUGUUUAAAUUAAUGCUACAGUUUGAAGGGUGUUGUGACAAAACAGGUGUCCCUCAUUUAUAAUCUCUGCCUACGCACAAAAGAAGGUACAGCACCCUCUAUCCAACAUUUGGGAUUUGUCAAAAGCAAACUUGACCGGAAAAUCUGUGCACCUCCGCAGCACCUCUGAAAAUGAUGGGCAAUGGGCAAAAACAACUAAAAUCAUGUUGAAUUUAUGUGGAUGCAAACAGACACUCACGUGUUGAAAAUGAAAUCCAUUCACUUAAACAAAGGCAGGCUGUAACCAUGUUCUCAAAAUGUGGAAAGUUGGAAAUUGUCCCAAAUUGUCCCACUCAAAUUCUGUACCCGGCAUCUUAAAGCAAGCAAAACAUCCUCUCCCACAUAGGCAGACUCAGCCAACCCAUGACUGCAGACCAUCACACCAUGGCCAACCUCUUCUACUGGCCAGAUGUGUCAUCUGCCUCGGCCAUUAAUUCUGGGCUCAAACCCUGUGCCAGUCCAAUAGGGUGCAUAGACAUUUUGGGUCGCUGGUGCUCAGGCCAGGAAAAAGGGAACUUGUCAAAAAUCAUUAUUAUUAUUAUUAUUAUUGUUAUUAUUAUUAUUGUUAUUAUUAUUUGGUUCAUUAGGAUUUACAGAGUUCUAAAGUGGCUGCAAGAUGAUAGUGUGUUCAAUGGCUCCCAUGUUUUUUUUACCUGUGGCAAAACCUGAGGUUUUCCAAUGGACAAAACAGCGAAAGCCGGCGAAAUACUCCCAGGUGCUGUCUUUUAGCACUUUUUUAGCAUCUUUUAUUUGCUGCUCCUCUGCCAUUUACCUUGCUUGUGUUUAGUCAGGGUUGCUGUCGGCUAUGACUAGUUUACUAUACUCUGGUGCAAGUACCCAAUUGCCUCAGCUGGUCUGAACUUCUCCGAACGAAAACUGAUGAUGUUAAACUUCAAUAUGUUUACACGUAUUUAUUAACUCUUAAAAGAAGCAGAAUUUCAUGUCUUCAAAGAAAUCAUAAUUGAUAUAGGUGAACUGUAUAACAGGCUGUAAAUGUAUGUCCCAGCGUAUAUAUACAUGUUUAUGCAUACAAACAAAAAGGUACGAAAUGAAAUGUAAAAUAUCACUAUUGUCAUAUUGACGCUGUCAGUUCUGUUGCUCUGCUGGUUAGUGGUCAUCGACGUAUGACCUAUUGUGUAACUGUAGCACAGGUUGGGUAACAAAAAAAACUGUUACCUGAAUGUAACGUCUGCAUCCGUCUGCGUCCUCUCUCACAAUGGCUCCCAACUGAAAACUCUUCAGAGGGAAAAUGCAAAUGACCUUAUUUUUCUUUCUCCCGGCCUUGUGUUAAGUGAAAUUAAGGCUUCUUCCAGAAUGGAAAAAUGCCGCUUUCUAAUACUUCAAAUAAGACCACAAGUGCCGGAGUCUGUGGAAAAAACCUUUUUAUGCUCAACAUCUACUUUGAAUUGAUUAAUGUUUCAAUCUUUCAAACAUUUAACAGUUGACUUUGACACAGUUCACCACUUGUAUCUUGCAGUGUUAGCUGUGUCUCUGAGCAGUGCCCUUUGUGUCCGCAAUCCUGCCGUCCAAACCAUGGAUAAUAAUUCUUGGUGGCAACAGCAAACGUUAAACAUUAAAUGAAUGUAGGAAGGAUGAACUACCACAUCUCACACAGCUAGCUCUCAUUCUGGUCGUCCUAAUGGCCUGACACUUGGGCUAUGCUGGGUACCAAGCACCUUCCUAUUUUCAGAGCGGCUUGUUGGGGUGCUAAGAGCUCAGAAACAUUAGGAUAAUGGAGGGCCUAUGGGGACUCGGUGUCAAACAGGCUAAUGCUCCGUCUGUUCAGUAACAGCGGCCUCUGUUCACAUUAGCACCCCCAUAAUCUAUUGCUCACAGCUGCAGGUCUGGAGGUUUGUACUUAAUGACUAUAUUAAAAUAAAUGUAAACAGGUGGGCACCAGGUUUUAGUCAGACCGCCAUCUUUCCCUGUAGUCACCGAUGGUGCGCAGUCAAGGGCUUCAAGGGUCUAGUGGAUCAGAGGAUCAGAAACACCUCUCUUCAUUCUGUCAGAUUCCACCUUCACUGUCACAACAAGGAGGCUGGUUUCUUUUUUUCCAGAGUUCAGAUCGUACAAUGAUGUCAAUAUUUUUCUGCCCUGUGAUGGUUGGAUCAUUGCAAACUUGUCUCACCUGGAAAAGGGUUUCUGAUUUUCUUGUUUUUGAACUGUAACUGAGAAGCUUGCACUGAGAUCUCCAUCCAUUUCAUCAAUAUGGAGAAUAAAAAAAAUAUUUAUCACACUUAAUUAUUCUCCUGAGCUAAGAUACUUGACAUUUUUAUCCACAUUUGGUUUCACUUGCGUCUCAUUUACAUACUUCAUCAAGCUCAUUUAAACGGCAUUUAUUCUCCAGCUCAUCUUGAUGGAUGAGUUUCUUUUGGAGAAUGUCAUUACAGCGCCCAUUAUCAAACACAGAGAGGCGUGCACGAGGCACGGAGGAGCAGAAUGCCAUUUAGCUGAUGACUGUGAAAUAUAUGAACAUGGUGACAUUGUGUCCUGACAUCACAAGAGCUGCUUUGCUACUGGGCUGUGUUGAACGUCAGUGAGAAACACAUUUCAAAGCAUUGUGACGUAAGCUACAUGACCAGUUGCCUUUUACAUUCAGACUCCUCUGUGGGACACCAGCAUCAACACUGUGUCAAAAAUACUGAUGUUUCUGGCUCUUAUGAAAUGAGGAGAUUACCUCAGUAUAAUUUGAAGUCUCACAGUCUGACACUCACAGUCACCACAGUCAUUUAUGACCCAGACUACACUGUCACAGCCAAACUGCAUUUCCAACAAAUCGCUUCUCGAACGGCCGCCUGGAACGGAUUGUGGUCGAGAACCAAGGUACCACUGUAUGUGUAUGCAUGUAUGUUCUCCAAUCUAAAGCAUAACUGUUUUCAAAAGUCAAAGCUCUUAGUCAUGAACUGGUCAAAAUAUCCACUUUAACUACGAAUCAACUUGUGGACUACAGAUUCUGCCUGUGUGCGGUAUCCACCUGAGACGUGUCUGAUCACAUAACCAACUAUUUUUAUGUGAUGUACCAAAUUCCAGUCUUCAUUUAUCAUAUGGCCAAGUGUUAUUUGUUAGACUAUGUCACACGAAAACCUUCCCCUUCUUCAGCUCCUGCAGAGGUUUGUCACCAGAAUUGAUAUGUUAUGAAAGACUGCCUCCACUCAGUUAAAAGAGACUGCUCUUUCUUCAUGUAGCCAAACAAGUGACAUCACUUUAUUGCCACAGAUUGACUCCAGUGAGGUGAGAUCCCCACACAGCUUAACAUCUGGGUGCUUCGCUGCUGAUGCCCUCAUAAAUAAAAUAUUAGUCUUGCUUGCUGCACACAGUUGUGCUGGCAUAAAUAAUGUAUCUGGAUUUUUCUCUCUUCAACCUCUUGCCUUGAUUCCCAACACUUCUAUAACUCUCCAACUCAUUUCACUCUUCCUUCAUAUUGCAGCAUGAAGCCCUCGGCCAGGGCACGAUGGUCGGUCAUUUGAGGUUGGCGGGACCAUGUUGUGGACAUGAGGUUAGAUACUUACGGUUAGAAAUCUGAGUCGCACCUCAUCUCCCUGACUCCACCUGAUGGGCAGAGGCCUUCAAAGUCUCCUGAGAGUUGUCAAGCGGGCAUUUUACAAGCCCAGCUGCAAAUGUGAAGCCUGAUCCAGUUGCUACUUUAUAUGUCUAGAAGUAUAUACAGUUUGAAAACUGUCUCCAGUCGAGGAGAGUUAUAUUGACACUCUGCGGAAGGUUUUCACUCGUACACUAGGUGUGUUGCUGCCUCUGUGUGUAGUGACAGCACAGGGAAACACAGCAAACGUGGGAGAAGGGGCUGAGGAAACGCACCGCGAAUGUUAGUAGGAGAAGAGUCCUGCGGUACAUGGCAGUAAUGAUACCCAGGCGUCAUCAUCAUCAUUGUUUCAGAGAUGAAAUUAUGUAAUACACAAUGGCCACCACCAGCUGAUGUAUAAUAUACCAAUUAGAUGUGUGAUUUUACUUCCAUCCCAUUUCUAUUUUACAGUAUGCCUAUCUUGCUAGUCAUUUUCAAGCUACAGACAUUUGAAACAGUGAUAUCAAAGUGGAAUAUUUCCUUGAAAAAUCUCUGGCGCGCAAUGAGUGAAACUUGUCUCCUGCGUUUUUGCAGUUGUCAUGUAUUUCCCUGUUGUGUCUGACUUUGGCUUGUCCUUUUGUUUUCAAAACAUUCCCCAUCCGCGCUCUUGUUCGUGUUUCUUGGUCCUGGUUUUGUAUACAAGUAACAUCCGACUUACGACUGGGAUCGGUUCCGACCAACUGGUCACAAGUCAGAUUGGACGUAAGUGGAAUGCCAUUCAAAAUAGUCGACGUGAGGGUUCUAGCUACUACUGUAGUGGUAGAUCACUGUGUGAGAGUGAGAUGCUGGGAUACUGUGCUCCUGUAACUGUCGUACGUGAUGCUGGGCUGCUACGUGCUGCGGUGCCAGAAAAGUGGUCGUAAGUACGGGUGAACGCAAGUUGAGCAGGUCGUAAGUCGGAUGUUACUUGUAAUUGUGACCACAGAUAUUGGACUACUGAUGACACAUGCUCUGGACUACUUUCUGUUCACUGAACUGAGAUUCGCAGCAUUAUAUACAUGACACGCAUAAAGCUUUUGUCAAAAUUAGAUUUGAGAAAUGAGACGUUCGGAUCAUUUCUAAAUGUAUUGAAGUGGAUUUGUGGAGGGCACCAGAAGGACCAGACACAGCCACUUUAAAUAACAGCUGACUGAAUGACUUGAAGUAUGGAUCUGACAUUGGCAACUCCAAGUUUGUGGCCUGUUGUUUGGAACAUAGCCCCCACACUCCUUCCCUGCCAAGGACAAGACGGCUAGAUCAAGUUCAAACUACCUUAUUACAUCUCCUCUGGCGGAGCAUAAAGCAUAAUUACUUUUUUUUAAAAUUCCCCUUGCAGAGCCUUGAAUGUGUUCAGUCUGAUGUGGCAACGUAACCUUUCAAGAUCACCAUAUGAUUGAUGAGGCGUCACAUUUCCACACUUCUGAAUGAUUGCUGAUCACACACAGCACACGCACACACACACCCUCAAACACUGCUGUACUUGUGAAGAAGCAUCUGGCUUCUGGACCGACCGAGUCUUACAUAUGAGGAGAGAACUUAAUCACAGCAAAGACCAUUCCUCUUAUCUGUUUGGGGAACAAGGCGUCUUUACUUUUUUACUGUUGACCCUUACUGUCGACAGUGUGAGCUGCAGACGCUUUUCAUAUCCAUCAGUCUUCAGAGGAUUUCCAUAAUGAAACAUUGCCUGCUGUCAGAUACACAUUUCUCAUUUCCCAGACAAACAUGUCUGAAAUGAAACCAGACUGAAGGAAACACAAGGCACAUCCUGGCAGACAAAACAAACCAGAGGUUUUACAUAUAACACCUAGUCCAACAGCCACAUGCCAGUCGCCCCUCCGGCGAGAAUGAACCAUCCUUUCUUUACUUCGACUCUCAUAGAAACUGAAAAAAAGUGUGCUAUCAUUCUCAGCCCUGCACUGCGACUAAAGUAACAGCAGACAGAAGUAAUGACGUUGUUCUGAAAACUAGUAUUUCUUCAUGGCCCAGGACAAAAAAAGAAACGCAUUCCUCUUCCUUUCAUUUUCACCAAAGUGUGAUUUUCAGAUCACUACUCACAUGUAUUUCAUCCGUAUCAUUUGUCUGAAACAUGUUAAAUAAAGGAGGUCCGUCUGCACACACAAUGCUGGUAGCAGUCAUGGAUGAAUAAAUAACCCUUCAGAACACUGGCAAAUCAUUUGUCACCACGGCCAUGUGAAAGGUGAUUUGCUUCCAAGAUUCGACUGGCUUUCAUAAAGUCUGGAUCUAUAGAUUUAUGUGGCCCUAAGUAAUGGAAAUGAAUGGGGAACUCUUCACAAACUUCAGCUGUACAAAACAAAGCUUUUUUUGAAUUGAAGAUGAGGCCCUGUGUCCUGAGGCUCACUUUAAUAAUAAUAAAAGAAAUGGUUUCCCAACAUCUCCCAUCACAUCUCGAACCAGGUUACGAUCUCCCCCCAGCAACUGGAUAUACUGUAUGAGGCUGCAACAAAAGAAGCUGCAGACCGUCCCACUCUCAAAUUAUACUGAGUCAAGAGUCUCACCUUAAAUAAACACCAUCAGCCACAUUAAAGAAAAAAGUAGCCCAUGUUUCUCUUUGCAACUGGGUGAGUCCACUGAUGUUAGUUGAAGUUAGAGUUGUGACUUUUCUUUAUCAGCUGCAAUACAGAGCAACCUCUUCUGUUAGCACCUAUUACAGUAACUUUCAUAAGGCUGUACUUUUUUUUACUAUGCAUGUACAAUGUAUAAUAUAGUAACUUAAAUCUUGUUUGCCAUUUAUUACGGCCAAACAAAGGUUUGGCACCUUUUUUUAGUAUCCCAUAAUUUUAUUCAUCACUUCCAUUUUUGAUGUUUUACUUGCAUGAAACAAGAUCAAGAUCAAGAUGGCCAUAUGAGUUCUAAUAUUUGAAUGGAAUCUGUAUUUGGUUCAGUACCCUGUCGUACCUUGAUACCUCAAACAGCAGCACCAGCCCUCCGCCCCCGACGGAACGUUUGCAGUCGGAUACACGGUGGACUCCCGGGAGAAGUGGAGGAUCGUGUGCCUGUCGAUCCUUUCCGUGGGGGAUGUUGAAGACAUGUUCAUAAUUGGAUUUAUGAUAAUAGGUUUCCCGCUGAUUGGCUUAGGCAGCUACCUGUUCUAUCGCAAAGUUCAGAAACCGUUGGCAGCAUAUGUGGCCAUGGAGAAGCUGCCCGUCAUGACUGAUGGAUCGUGCAGGGCUGCCAGCACUCAGACUCAAGUGAUAGGUGAGCUCAGCCGCAAGCUGAUAUCAACAUGGAGAAGCUGACAGCUCAGCUCGGCUGAAUACGACCAUCGAGUUCAGGCAUAUUGGAACAAGCCACCAGGAGACUCAGAGAGACUCGAGGGCAGAUGGAAAAUUCCAGCAUCAAGUCUGACCUAAAACAAGUUAUCUGCAUUGGCCUCCCAGAUACAACCGGCCUCCCAAGGUUGCUCAACUCUCCUGGAAGUUUUGCAGAUAAGACCCUCAUUUUCAACACCUUUUUUGGCCCCUGCUGUGCCUCCCACCUUCUCAGGGUGGAAUGGCAGGCUGGUUGGUGGCACCCAGUGUGGCAGCACCUCCCCUCCCAAUAUCUGCACUGGGAAUACUCUCUUCCCAACAACCUUCCCCCUCUCACAUAUGUGCAGUCCUUAAGUUCUGUUGUUAUGUCUUCAAUGUUGCUCAUGUACUGAGGUGCUCCCUCCUCCUGCCUUGUGUUUUCUUUUCUCAUCAUAUCUAUAAAUGCGACUUCCGUCCCCCCUGUAUGUCAUGUAUGUCUACCAGGACGGGAGUGAUGCGAUUUCAUUGUAACUACUUGUGUUAUACAAUGACAAUAAAGCCGAUCCUGAUCCUCCUUGCUUUGCUGUGCCAGUCCUUAUGUCCAAGCACUGAAACCAGACACCUAUGCACCUCCUCCAUCUAAAUGCUUUGGAUGAUUCCAUAGGGAAGUCAAGAGCUUGUGUUCAUAUCUGUUUUGGAGCACUCAGCAGUGGCACUUGACAAAUAUGUGGCUUCCCUCUAAACCUGGUUACCGACCAGAGGGGCUACAGGCAAAGAUGUUUGCUCUUUUAUGCCGCCACAAUACGAUUAAGUGUUCUGAUCCAUGUUUGCUGGGCAACUGUGACAGAUGGCGAUUAUAAACAGCAGCACUGUCAAGGCGGGGUUUAUGAAAAGUUUAUGAAAGGCAAGGACACAAAUAUAUAGAGGUCAAUAUCAGACUUAGUUAUCCGUGGGUGUGUGUGGAGGGUUGUUUAUCCUUUGUGACCAGAGACUUUCCUGUCACCCAACGGUAUCAGCUUUCUCAAAAGCACCAGAGAAGUUUCCGUCGCGUUUCCAAUCCAAUAAUCACAUUCCUACCCCUCUUUUUUCAGGGUUUGCUCAGUGUUCACAGCCAUUCAGGGAGGAGAGAUUAUUCAAGCUCAUUCUGAAAAGCUUCAAACUCGCACUCAAUGGGUGAGAACGGUCCAGUCAAGGCAUUUUCCGAGUAACACAAUUGCCCUUGCGAAGCCUCUUUUGCAUUCAUGAUUGACGGCUAGCCCGCUCCAUGACUUCAUCCCUACAUUAUCAAGCUAUUGCCAUGCAAAACAGCAGCUCCUCCUCCAGUCCGUCUUCCACCCAGGCUGAAUAGAAGCCCUUUUCUUCGUUCCCCCGCCGCUAAUGUGUGUCAUUUUUGUGCCAACAAGGAUGCUAGGCUGUUUGCAAACACUUGUCCUCAGUUUGAUCUAUGAAAGGAUUUGGCUCAUAGAGCAGGCGAAAGAUUUAGCUGUUGUGGCAGACUGAGUGAAAAGUGGGAAACACAGAGUUGG